CACACUCUCUCAUCUCCCGAAGUGCUGCAUGCAGCCAGAGAGGACUGCAUCGGAGGGGAGGGGGGGGGAAAGAAAAGAAAACCCUGUCGUGCGCUGGCAGUUUCCUCCGAUCCUGCUCCUCAUCGGGGGAAAAAAAAAACAAAAAUCCCAGAAAGAGCUUCACUACUUACCACGAAGGGAUAACGGAGUGUGCUGCAAUGGGUUACUUUCAGCUCAGUCCACUCUUCACGCCAUAAAGACGCCCAGCUGAUGACGGUGAUUGCUGGAGACUUUGAGGGUUAUCUCCUGUUGUAACUCAAGAGUGCAGCAUCUCUAGAUCCUCCGAUAGCCGCAAAUCUCCAUCCUUCUGCAUUCAGCCCUCCAACCUGCCAGAAAAGGUCAACAUUUAGAGCCACUAUGGAGGACACGUACAAUAACAGGACUUCUCUGGUUAAGGGAGCCAAGGACAUGGUGAAGGAGGCCAAGCGGCACACAGCAAAGAAAGUCAACAAGGUGGUCGACCGCGCUGCGGACGAGUACUCAUCUCAUCGCAACUACACGCGAUUCCAGGAUGAGGAGGACGAAGAUGAGGAUUUCUACCGCAACCAGAAAGGACACGAAAGAGAGAGUUACCGUGACAAUGAGGAGGGCUCCAGCGAUGCCACGGAGGGCCAUGAUGACGAGGAUGAGAUCUAUGAGGGGGAGUACCAGGGGAUCCCCUCAGCCGGAGACAAGAAGCAUAAGGAAGGACAGGUGGCGCUGGGACAGCCAAUGUCAGAUGCAACGAGGGACCACAGUGAGCUGGAGCAGGAGAGGGAGGCAGAUGAAGAGGAGCUGGCCCAGCAGUAUGAGCUGAUCAUGCAGGAGUGUGGCCAUGGGAGCUUCCAGUGGCAGCUGUUCUUUGUACUGGGACUGGCGCUCAUGUCAGAUGGUGUGGAAGUGUUUGUGGUGGGAUUUGUCCUGCCCAGUGCAGAGACAGACAUGUGUGUCCCAAACUCCAGCUCAGGAUGGCUAGGCAGCAUUGUGUACCUGGGAAUGAUGGUUGGAGCUUUCUUCUGGGGAGGAAUGUCUGACAAAGUGGGCCGCAGACAGUGUCUCCUCAUUUGCAUGUCCACGAAUGGCUUCUUUGCCUUCCUGUCAUCUUUUGUCCAGGGAUACGGACUCUUCCUUCUCUGCCGUGUAGUCGCUGGCUUCGGGAUAGGAGGUGCCGUGCCCAUUGUUUUCUCCUUCUUUGCUGAGGUGUUGUCCAGAGAGAAAAGAGGAGAACACCUCAGCUGGUUGUGUAUGUUCUGGAUGAUUGGAGAGAUCUAUGCAUCUGCCAUGGCCUGGGCCAUUAUACCGCACUACGGUUGGAGCUUCAGCAUGGGGUCAGCAUACCAGUUUCACAGCUGGAGGGUUUUUGUCGUCGUUUGCGCCCUGCCAUGUGUGUGUGCUGUGGUGGCUCUUACCUUCAUGCCGGAAAGCCCCAGAUACUACCUGGAGGUUGGGAAGCACGACGAGGGCUGGAUGAUCCUCAAGCAGAUCCACGACACCAACAUGAGAGCACGUGGGCAGCCGGAGAAAGUCUUCACUGUAAACAGGAUAAAAAUCCCUAGACAACUGGAUGAGUUGGUUGAAAUGGAAUCAGAAACUGGAAACCCAGUUUCCAAAUUUUUCUUCAGGACAAAAGCUGAAAUACAUGGGAUCUAUCUAAACCUCAUGAAGUGCUUCAAGUAUCCUAUGCAGGAAAACAUGAUGCGAUUGGCUAUAGUGUGGUUCACGCUGUCCUUCGGGUAUUAUGGUCUGUCUGUUUGGUUCCCUGAUGUCAUCAAACACCUUCAGGCAGAUGAAUAUGCUUCCAAAGUGCAGUUCCACAAUAAUGAACGCAUUGAAGGCUUCACCUUUAACUUCACCCUGGAGAACCAGAUCCACCGAAAUGGCACAUUUAUUCAUGACCAGUUUGUCAACAUGAAGCUGAAAUCCGUCACCUUCAUUGACUCCACAUUUCGUUACUGCACCUUUGAUGAUGUGACAUCGGUGGGUUCCUUGUUCAAGAAUUGCACAUUUAUUGACACUUUCUUCUUCAACACAGAUAUCGAUGAAUCUAAGCUGGUAGAGGGCACAGAGGUGAUUAACAGCACUUUUACCCACAACAAGACUGGCUGCCAGAUGACAUUUGUUGAUGACUACAGUGCCUACUGGGUUUACUUCAUCAACUUUCUGGGAACACUGGCUGUUCUUCCUGGCAACAUUGUGUCUGCUCUUCUGAUGGACAAAAUCGGGCGUUUGUCUAUGUUAGGUGGCUCCAUGAUCCUGUCUGGUAUCAGCUGUUUCUUCUUGUGGUUUGGCACCAGUGAGUCCAUGAUGAUUUUCAUGUUGUGCCUUUACAACGGUCUGAGCAUUUCGGCCUGGAACUCCCUCGAUGUGGUCACUACAGAGUCUUUCCCCACUGUCAGGAGAGGAACAGGCUUCGGUUUCUGUAACGCCUUGUGUAAGCUUGCUGCUGUCCUGGGGAACCUGAUCUUUGGCUCACUUGUUGGCAUCACCAAGGCCGUCCCCAUCCUCAUGGCCUCUUCGGUGCUCGUGGGAGGGGGGCUGGUCGGACUGCGGUUGCCUGACACUCGGUCAAAUGUUCUUAUGUAACUCCAUCAACUUUGAUAAGUCCUGUGAGUUCUCAAGAAGGCCAAAAGAGCUUUUCAUAGGGAGUGCAAGUGGCUUGGUUUGCCCUGAGUGUGUUAAUUUUAAGAAAAAUUCAGGAUUCUUUCAACAUACUGUCAUAUUAUAAUAAACUUUAUUUUGCUAAUUUGAACUUACAUGACAAACUAACACAAAGAGGAAAUCUGAAAAUUGUGGUCUUCAUGAUGAUGUUUGUUUACUAAUGUUCAUAGAGGGCAAAACAGAGCAGUUGCAUUUAUUUGGAGAUUAAAUUACACACAGGUGGACUAUAUUUAGCAGUGUCUACAGUCAGCUGAUUGCUCUGGAUUGUAUUAACAAGGAUCAAAGAAAAGGAACUCUGUACUUCUCAGAAUUUUGAAAAUUUAGAAAAAUCAUCCAUAAUUUUGUCUUUCAUUUUGACUAUAUUCUUCUUUGUGUUGGUCUAUCGCACAAAAACCCAAUACAAGCAUUGAAGUUUGUAAGGCAAAGCGAGUGGAUAUGAAGCACCAUGCUGUAAUGUUUGGCUCUAGGUAGGAGCAAAGUGCAGAUAACAGGAGGCAGCAGGUGGGGUGCAGAGGCUUUAUUGCUAAAUCCAAAAAGACUUGUUGGCAGGGAGCCAACCAGAGAGCUUGUGAAAGGAAUUGCAGAAUAUCACAGAAUGCAACAGAAGGAUCCAGUGGAGACCCGAUAUGUACUGAGGAAGGAGUGCAGAAUAAUAUGACCACCAGAAGAGGUAAUCAUGAGUAGGGACGGUUGGGUAAGCGAGGAAAAUUAGCAGAUAUGCAUCAGAGAAGCCAAGGGAAGGAGGAGCAUAAGUAAGGGAGAAAAUCAAACUAAACGAGAAACGAUUAGCUGUUAUUAUCUGUUUUUAAAGCUAACAACAGCAACAAAAGGAACACUGAUCUAAGGAACCCAGAUCUAAUACUCAAAUAAUAAUAAACUAAGAUGUAAAACACACAGAAUAAGGAAGACCAGAUCUAAGUAAAUAUUAAUGAUUAAAACUGAAAACACAAAUGAAGCUAAAAGUCCAAACAGCUACAGAUCAUUACAACAUAAGGGAGUAAAAAGUUCUCUACUAAACAAAAAGAAAAAACAUGUUUUUUUGCUCUAACAUAGAGCUUAAUUUGUCAACCACUGAAACAAUUGUUAAAAUGCAGAUUUAAAUCCAAAUUUGAAUUCCAGUAUAAUUUUGAAUGAUCAAGAAAACAGUUAAUUAGUCAGAUUUUUGAGUUGAAAGCUGCAAUUUUAAAAUGCUUUUUGGUCAUGAUCCGAAAGAAGUGACACUUUCUGCACAUCUCAGGUUUCCAGAUAUAAGGGGCAUAGAAACAAAAUGCUUCCCCUAUGUCUAGUUCAAUCUGGAGAGACUCAGACGGAAAAAACAGCGAUUAAAAAGGUUUAUUGACAUGCAUGAAUUUAAAG